AUGACCAUCCCCGCGCAUGCUGCAAAUCUUCAGGCCCUCUGCUCGACUUUGGGCGACGACUUUAUUUCGGGCCCGGCGCCGCUGGCUUCCCCCGCGCACCUCACGGGGCGCCAUGACACCGCCUGCCAGGCGGCCUGCAGCAGGCACGUCGGCGGCGCGCCCUCCGAUGGACAGUCGGGCAUCGAGAGGCCGGAGAAGGAGGGCGGGGGCGGCGCGGCGCCGCCAAAGCUGACCGGCGCGGAGCGGCGGGAGAGGGUCCUCUUCUACGUCGGCAGCGAGGCGGAGGGCGCGGCGUGGGACCCGCUCGACCGGGGCGCGCUCUUUGACGAGCGGACGCAGGCGGCGGAGUCGGCGCGCGCGGUGGCGGCGCUCGGGUACGCGGUGGUCGUUGCUGGCCCGAUGGUCGAGUCGGCGGAGGGGACGGCGGCGGACGGGGUCCAGUACGUACACGCGGAGUGGGUCGUCCUCACCUCUCCGCCGCGCAGGCCCGGCACGCCCGCAAUCUGUUGUGUUCACGCGGUGCUCUUCCUUGCCUUCCCCACACGCGCGCCGGUGGAGGUGACGGUGCGCGCGCCGCUCGAGGACUUUUACAAGGGCGGCACGGUCCGCGCAAAUGUGCGGCGGCGCGUCGUCUGCCGCGGCUGCCGCGGCCACGAGGCGCACCCACGCUGCAGCAGCUGCUCACGAAGCUGCCCCGCGGAGACCAAGGUGGUGCAGCGGCGGAUGGGCCCGAUGCUCAUCAACGAGGAGGUGCAGGUGCCGUCCGAGCAGCUCUGCCGCGAGGAGGUCAAGACGCUGCACGCCGUCAUCGAGCGAGGCGCCCCCGCCGCCGCCCCGCCGCCAUUGCCGCCUCCGUCACCGCCGCCGCCACCCUCGAGCCUCGUCACCACCGUCUCCACCGCCGCCCUCGCCGCCACACCGCCCUUAGCUCACCCCCACCCCCAUCCUUGCUGCCGCGCCGAGGAAGACACGGCGGUCACGUUCGAGCGCUCGUCGGAGCAGUCGCCGGGCGAGGCGCUGCUCGGCUUCAAGCGGCGCAUACGCCACCUCGACGGCCACGAGGUGCUCAUCUCGCCAUAUCUCCCCACAUCUCCCCCUAUCUCCCCAUAUCUCCCCAUCAUCCUGCUGCACGAGGGCGAGGUUGGCGUCUUCACGACGCAGGGGCACGGCGUCCCCUCCGAAUACGGCGCCCUGCGCGUCACGCUGCAGAUCGACUUUCCGAGCGAGCUGACGGCAGACGAGCGCGCGUUCACCGCGAACCACUUUGGGCUGCCGGCCGACGGCGGGCAGCGCUAG